AUGACUGCUUAUCAAUCUUUAGCGCAGCCUGCGCUUCCGUCUGUCCUGUCCAUGGAAGUAGACGAUGAAGAUUCUUUUGAAAGUGAAUAUCGAGUACGAAUUGGCAAUCAAGUCAAAUAUAUCAUCAUAUCUCCAAAAACAUUCGACAGAGAUACGCUUUCAUUCCCUCUACAGUCCCUGCCAAGUCUUCCUAGGGAGGACGAAUGGACAGUGGCCCAUAUUUCACGAGACGAAACCAGCGGUGACUUGAGAACUUCCAUCUCAAACCGAGCACUUGCCAGCGUCAACUGUCGAUGGCAUCACACCUUAGUCGAUUGCCUGGAGCUAGAGAGAACGAAAGCUCUCACGGCAUCGGCGUUCGAGGCAGUCUCGCAUUCGGCCCUUCCAAGCAUCUCCCAAGCACCAGCGACGGUUAUCGCUAAGAUAGCUCGGUUUGAGUGGGAAAUUCCUCGCAUCGAGCGGGAAACACGAGCAUAUCAGCUACUUGAGCGUUCCGGGCUGGUACCGCGCUUUCUCGGCCAUAUUCAUGAGAACGGACGCAUCAUGGGAUUUCUAUUGGAGAAGAUAGAGGGACGCCAUGCUUUGAUUGAGGAUCUGGAUAUCUGCGAAAGAGCUUUGGGAAAACUUCACGACUUAGGGCUUUUACAUGGGGAUACGAACCGUUAUAACUUUCUGGUGACGGAAGAAGGGGUAAAGCUACUCGACUUUGAAUGUUUGCAGGAAAAUGCCAGUCGGGAGGCUAUACGGAAGGAGUCAGAGAGUCUACGUCUUGAAUUGACUGAGGAGUCCGGGCGCGGUGGAGGUUUCAUACUCCAGGGCGAUGGCACUUGA